UCUGACGCAGGCCGUGCAGCAGCAGCAGCUAUCGAGCCAGUCGAGCAGGGGAGCAGAUCAGUAGGUCGCGCAAGGAGGUCCGCAAAAAAUUCAAGAGGCUUCCGAACGACAAUAAUACAUAGUUUGACAGAUAUCACUGUAUACAACACUCGCACGGAUAUACGUAAUUCAAGUGCUGCUUAUAUUUUUGCUACAAUAUACCCCUUGCAGUCAAUUCGGUAUAAAGCGCUGCUCGCACAGCGGCCGAUCCGAUGUUUUUUUCUGCGCGUAUGUUUACUCACGCACGUCAACGCAGUUAAGUUCGUCGCGCGGACGAUCUCAUCAUCGUCAUCACACAAGUUAUAGCUUAUACGAACAGUUGAUCGUUCGAUUGAAAGUACAUACAAGUAUAAAUUGACGCCGCAGCUACAGACGCCAAUUAUUUACUCCAAAGAAAGAAACAAAGAUCUUCGACUCCUCAUCAGUCUGGAUAAUUUUGCCCGUGUGAAUUUUUAUUCAAAUUGAAAUCAAUAUGAGCUCCGUAAGAUGCUGCCUAAUUGGUGCAACUCGACUGGCUACCUCAAAUCAUGUCUCUAAUCAUGUACACAAAAUUGUUAGAAUUGUGGCCCCUCGAACAAUUUCUACUUCUGGAAUAAGAGCUAAAGCUCCCAUUGAUCCUACACCUCCUAGCAAUGAAACAACUGGGAGCAGCGCAGCUGCUGGUGGAACAACAAGUGGCAGUGGUGGAGAUAAAAAAAAUAAUCUCAUUUGUCCAAAGUGUGGAGAUCCUUGUACGCAUGUUGAAACAUUCGUCUCUUCAACCAGAUUUGUCAAAUGUGAAAAAUGCCAUCACUUCUUUGUUGUUCUGUCUGAAAUUGACUCUAAAAGAAGUAUCAAAGAAGCUCUUAGACCAGAAGAUACUAAACAAGGAUUCUACAGAAAACCACCUCCACCUCCUAAAAAAAUUUUUGAGUACCUAAACAAACAUGUUGUUGGACAAGAAUAUGCUAAAAAAGUCCUCAGUGUUGCUGUUUACAAUCACUACAAGAGAAUUCAUAACAACUUACCGCUUCAAAAUGCAGUGCAAAACAAUGCAGCUCCAGUAUCAAAUCAGGAUUUAAAUCAUCCUUUUACUCACAGAGGUCUCAAGCCACAUCUUCUUCAUAUUUCAAGUAUUGGAAAUUCUUUGGGUGUUGGAUUCCAACAAGUUCCACCAACAAAUGAACAGCAACAACAAAAGCCACCUCCUGGCUCACAGACAGUUCCCGGCUCAGAUAUUUUAGACAGCAAGCAUCAUCAAUUAAAAUUAGAAAAGAGUAAUAUUUUAUUGCUUGGACCCACAGGUUCUGGAAAAACUUUGCUUGCUCAAACUAUAGCUCAGUGUUUGGAUGUUCCAUUCGCUAUUUGUGAUUGUACUACAUUAACUCAAGCAGGGUACGUGGGAGAAGACAUUGAGAGUGUCAUAGCUAAAUUACUUCAAGAUGCCAAUUAUGUCGUUGAUCGAGCACAAAUGGGUAUUGUUUUCUUAGACGAAGUUGACAAGAUUGGAGCCGUGCCAGGAAUACAUCAAUUGCGUGACGUUGGUGGUGAAGGUGUUCAACAGGGAAUGUUGAAAAUGUUAGAAGGCACCAUUGUUAAUGUUCCAGAAAGAAAUAGUUCUAGAAAGCUUAGAGGCGACACUUUGCAAGUAGAUACUACAAACAUCUUGUUUGUAGCAUCAGGUGCUUAUAAUGGGUUAGAUCGAUUAGUUUCAAGAAGAAAGAAUGAAAAGUAUCUUGGUUUUGGAGCAACUCCAUCAUCAGAAAGUCCAGGAAGAAGAGCAGCUAGUUUAGCUGAUGUUGCAAAUAUGUCUCCAUCAACUGAAGAUGAUAAUAAAGAAAAAGACGUUUUACUCCGCCAAGUUGAAGCAAGAGACCUUAUUGACUUUGGUAUGAUUCCAGAAUUCGUUGGUAGAUUUCCUGUUCUUGUACCCUUCCAUACUUUGAGUAGAGAAAUGCUGGUGAGAAUUUUAACGGAACCCAAAAAUGCCAUGGUACCUCAAUAUCAAAUGUUAUUUUCUAUGGAUAAGGUUGAAUUAACUUUUACUCCUGAAGCACUGGAUGCCAUUGCAUCACUGGCAAUGGAAAGAAAAACUGGAGCAAGAGGUUUGAGGGCCAUAAUGGAAUCUCUUUUGCUUGAGCCAAUGUUUGAUGUUCCAGGUAGUGAUGUAGUAACUGUACAUGUAACUGAAGGCUGUGUUCAAGGUAUCGAUAAACCUGAAUACAUCAAAAGAAGUGGCGAAACUGUUGUUGAAGAUGAAUUACAACAAGCACAGCAGGUUCAAAAUUAACGUAACAUGAAAGUGAAAAGGAGGUAUGCUGAUGUGUGCUAAUUUCAUAAUAAAUAAAAAGAACUUUUCAAUUGUAACAAGAACUCACUGGUAGUUCGGCCAACAAUUUUCAAAUAAUAUUUACGUGGGUGUGAUUUGCGUAUGAAUGACAUGUGUUUUAGAGAUUUAAGUUUUAUCCUCUCAUACGAAAAAUUUAAAAGUUGGAUAUUUCGGUGGAGUACUGCAAUUAAUAAGAAAGAUCUCUUGAUGAGAUAGCCAGUUCAAAACUGAUUACUUCUUAAUUUUUGUUUGUACUGUUUUUAUAUAACUUGAAUUGGGGUUGUUCAAUGAUUUAAACAUAUAUGCUAGACAUGUUUUAUUGAUUUACGCCAUGAAAUGUCGGUGCGUCGAAUCAAAUUUUAAAGAUAAAUAAUUUCAAACUCAACUUUGUGUAAAGUUAUAAAAAAUCUUUUUCGUGCAACCUCGAGUAGAUAGGUAAAGAUUAUUUGUAUUAUAUUGUACAUAGCCGUAGAUAAGUAAUGAGACGUUUGGAAAAUUAUAAAUUUGUCAACACCUUCGUAACGACAUCUUCAAAAUUAUUAAGUUGAUUGUUCGUGAAAGUUUAUUGAAAACAAAAAAAAAAUUAUAAGGAAAAAAUCAUCACAAAAUGAAGAAAAAAAAACGAAGAGACAGUGUCUCAGAGCCAAUCCCGUUUUUUUCAGAUGAAGCUUAAAUCCAAAUCCAAUUAGGCUCUGUAAUGCUGUAAAUUCAAAGUUGAUCAAUCUUUUGAAAUAUUAUAGCUAAUUUAUAUUAUACGAAUAAAUAUAUUUGUAAUAAAUUCACUGAAAAUAUUAA